GAUAUUAUGUAUUUUAAGCUUUUACCCUACCAAGACUCGUAUCGUACAGUCCGAAAGGGUUCAUAGACAGUAAAAUGUGAAAAGACAUAACAAUAUGGUACAAAAAAGGUACGUAUUUCAUAAACAUUUACUAGGCCCUUAACCCAUGCAGUUUUUCUAGAAGCGAUACCGUCAGCCACACCACAAAACGUUCACUUAUCGCUCCAAAUGCCAGUUACUUCGCCACUUGCUUUUUUGAUAUGAUGACGUGAUGGUGGAUAUAGUAAAAUUGGUUCUAAUUCGUUCUUCCACCGCACAGUUCUCGUUGCUAUGAAUAGAUAUACCUUAUUAUUAUUAUGACCAGCUGACGUCAGAUUGAUAUAAUGGCACCGUUUCGCUUUUCAAAUCUUCCCGCUCAAAUAUCAUGUAUACUCUGUAACGUCAACUAAGGGAUUGCUUCCUCAUUGAGCAGACGGAUUUUGGGGGCCCAACCAGAGUGAGUAACAACCUGUUGAUCGCUUGUUGGUCGUUUGAGUCUGUGCGCGCCAGCCGCUGGGAGUAGUGCUCACGUCUCCGUUUCUUCAUAACUCCUUUUUUCACAAUUCCCGUUCCCAUCAAAAUCUGAUUCAUAAUGGUUCACGGAAACAGCAAAGGGGAUAAUUUCUGGAAGGACUUCAUGAUUGGGGGAACAGCGGCGGCAGUUUCGAAGACCGCAGUAGCGCCACUUGAACGCGUCAAGCUUCUUCUACAGGUUCAAGAUGCUUCCAAGCAGAUUGCAAAAGAAAAAAUGUACAAAGGUAUGGUCGACUGUUUUAUACGUAUCCCGAGAGAGCAAGGCGUCCUUUCCUUCUGGCGUGGUAACUGGGCAAAUAUCAUCCGUUACUUCCCAACGCAAGCUCUCUCGUUUGCCUUUAAGGAUCGUUAUCAAAGGAUGUUCUUAACCGGAGUUGACAAGGAUAAGCAGUUCUGGAGGUACUUUGCUGGCCAGUUAGCAGCAGGUGGUGCUGCUGGCGGAACGUCGUUGUGUUUCGUAUACCCAUUAGAUUUUGCCAGAACUCGACUGGGCGUUGACGUGGGAAAAUCUGCGUCGGAGCGUGAAUUCACUGGUCUAUUUAACUGCAUGGGCAAGAUCUACAAAACAGAUGGUUUCCUUGGUCUCUAUAGAGGUUUUAACGUAUCUUUGCAGGGUAUCAUUAUUUACCGAGCGGCCUACUUUGGCUUAUUCGACAUGUCAAAACAAUAUAUGCCCAACCCCAAGGACGUGCCAGUUUAUAUAUCGUUUACGAUUGCUUUUGUGGUGACAACGACGGCCGAAAUUAUUGCCUAUCCGUUUGAUACAGUUCGCCGUCGUCUCAUGAUGCAGUCUGGUCUUAAGCAGGAAGAGCUGCUUUACAAGGGCACUGUUGACUGCUGGAGCAAGAUUGUUAGGAAUGAAGGCGCUGCGGCGUUCUUUAAGGGCGCCUUCUCGAACAUGGUGCGUGGUGUUGGUUCUGCGCUUGUGCUUGUACUUUAUGACGAGUUCAAGAAACUUUUUUAGUUAGUUUAGAUAGACAAGAUUUCCUAGAAGAAACUUUAAAGUUGAGUAUGAUGUUACGACUGUAUAACUUGUACCAACUUCUAAGGAAAGCCGUUCUAAAGUACUAUUUUUCCCCCUACGCGCUAAUACUAGAAAUACAAUUUCGACUUGAUCUACAAUCAUAUAUGUCUUUUUUUAUUUAUGGUGAAGUUUCAUUGGAAUUCAAAAUUUAUAUGUCAGGAGGCGGAAGCAUUUAGUACACACAAACGAUAUUACAAACACGUUUGUGACAUUUUUAGUUAUUUGUUUUUACGAAUCAUUUUUAUAUAAAGUAAGCGGGAAUAAAUAAAAUGGACGCUAUGGUCAGUAAAUGUGUGUUGUAGCAAAUGAUUGAAUACUAAAAAUAAAAAGAGACGCAGUACGUUCACUAACAGUUCAGCUAUAACACGUUUCAAUUAUUACUAAAGGUCAGUUAGCUAACUUUCUUGUUAGGAGUUAAAUCAACUUUUCCGAUCAGGAUCUUAUGAUGGAUACCAGGGCUAUCAUCAUAGGCUAUUGUAUAGGGAGAGUCUAUUUCGGCUAAAAGGUAGUGACGACCUAAUUAUCGCACGCACAUGGCCUUUAGGAUCCACAAUUUACUGGCUCUUUUCUAUGGAGAUGCUCGUAUAAAGCAUAUAAUGCUCGCGAAUACCUAUUACAUAUAUAUAUAUAUGUUCAAGUUAUCAAGUAUCUAGUUACUCAACACCAUCAAUAAUCCGUGCUACUAUAUACAUUGUGAAGAGAUAAGGAAAAGGUAAGCUAAGGAAUGGUCACACAGCUUGAAAUAGUAUAACACGUAAAAAAGUCUCUCCAUCUGCGUGUGCGGGUGAGCCAUGUUAGCAACCGCUUUUGAUAGGACUUUUAACAUACGGGACUAUCUAAUUAGAUUUGUUUGUGAUCUUAUGGCCCUGCAAUUUUGGUCAUUCAACAAUUAGCACGAUAAGCGCGACUGUAUUUCUUUUGCUGUUUCACCAGAAAGCUCCUAAUCGCUUCGACAGUAAUGUGUUGUCAGAUCACGCAACUACUCUACUGAAUACCUCAACAACAGCAAGUCUCAAGUCUGUAUUCUAAAUCCUCUUGCGUUCGAUCUUCUCGGUCCCAUCUUAGUCUCUCUUCAUACACGGCGUUGUUAUCCAAUGUCUCUCUUGUCCACCUUAGUCUUAUCAUUCAAUGUAUGUUCUUCACUGAAGUGAAUGUGCAAGUGGAUAGCAUUGUUUCUGCCCGACUCCUACACUUUCAUUCGUUUAGCUGGACAUUCAGGCGUGUAUUAUAGGAAACUCUGUGUUCGGUCGAGCCCGCCACACACGCCGCUUGCUGGGUACGUCCUAGGCUUUCGCUUUUUCAAAACGGUAGUAUCUCCUUCUUCGUUUCGUUCCUUUCGUUAUUAGUGGUGGUGUAGCCGGCUCCGGCGGAUGGUAUUUUAAGCGAUGGGGGAUGGCAAAGCAGAGCUAGUGGGUAGCCCUGCGUAGCAAUGGAAAACAUGUGUAUUGCAUCACUGCAAAAUGACUCUUUUCUUCGGGGCUGCGUGGCGUGGCCGACUUAGGUAUCUUUCGUUCGUUGUAGUAGUGCUGGCGGCAGCAUUUCGAAUAGGAGAUUGUGAAACGGACAGGAGCAAAACAGGCUUCGUAUCCCUGGAUAGCACAGAGAGCGAAUAGUGAACGAGAGACAGAAAAGAGUCAAAUCUGAGUCACCAUACCCAAACAGUCCAAAAGUCGAAAAGGUACCCACAGUAGGUGCUACAGCCACUAGUGCGCAUCCCUGCCAAUUCAAGUUCAGCUAGUUGUUGAAACAACUGCUAGUAUAAGGGAAAAGGAGGUACAAGCUGGCUGCUGGUCCGUAUAGGAAGUAUAA